GGCGGAAGCUGCCGCGGAGCAACUGGAGGAGCGCCGCAAGCAGCUCACGGAGGCGCUGACAGGUUUGGAGGGCGAGCGCGACGUGAAGAUGGAAGCACUCGCCAAAGCACGUCUGGCAGCCGAAGAGGAACGGCGCCUCCAGCGGGAGGGCGAAGAGCGAGGUGCUGCGCGCUUGUCCGAGCUCGGCCGCGCAAGGAAGGAGGUGGAAGAAGCCGCCGCCGCUCUGGAAGCAGAGCGCCCACAGGUGCAGGCGGCGGAGCAGCACUUCCGGGCCCUUGAGCAACGGCGCCAGGUGUGCAGCAGCGAGCGGGAGCAGCUUUUGGCCAAGCAGGGCCGCAAGGGUCAGUUCCGCACCGUGGAGGAGCGCAAUGCGGCGCUGGACGAGGAGCUGCGCCUGCGGGAGCAGAAGUUGGAAGAAGCCAGGCGCAAGAUGGAUGCAGGGUCGCAGCGAGAGGAAAAGAAGGCGGAAGCUCAGGCGCAGGCGAGUGAGGUGGCCACCCGCGGUCGAAAGGAGUUGGCCGGCAAGGAGAAAGAGCUCAAAGACCUGGGCUCAGUGGUGCGUGGCCUGGGUGACCAGCUGGAUGCUGGCGCGGAAAAGCUGCGGCUGCUGCGCCAGGACCGCAACCGCGCAGUGCGGGAGGUCGACAAAGUCCGGCAGGAGGUCGGCACCCAUCGACACCGCCUGGAAGGGACCCAGCCAAGAGCCAACCGCCAGGCGGUCUCUGCGGUGCUGCGCUGGGCAGAGGAGCAAGGCUUUCAUGAUCGCAUCAGGGGCACCCUCUUGUCCCACCUCGAGGUGGCUCCUACCUUCCGCGCUGCUGUGGAGAGCUUCGCAGGCAACGCCCUCUUCAACAUCUUGGCCAUGGAUGACGACGCUGCAGCGCAGGCGGUGAAGCACGUGAGGACACGGCGCUUGGGCGCCGUGGUGGUGACACCCCUGAGUCAGUUGCCGCUGAAAGAGCAUCAGCUUCCAGCCAUGGAGGGCGUCAAGGCCUUGGUGGACGUGGUCCGGUGCCCGUCCUGGGCACGGCCAGCAGUGCAACAGGUCUUCGGGAAGGCAGUGGUGUGCCUGAACAUGGAGCUGUGUGAAGAGGUGGCGAAGAGGCACGGCAUUGACGCCAUCUCGCUGGAUGGGGACCGGGUCAGCCGCAAGGGGGUGAUCACCGGGGGCUUCCAAGACCCCCGGCGCUUUGUCCGCCUCGGCCUGGCGGAGGCCAUCCGGGCUGCGGAGCAACGCUUGGAGAAGGCCCAGUCCCAAAUGCCGGAGUUAGAUGCCCAGAUUGACACCGUGGGUGACGAGGUCAACACUUUGCACAAUGAACGUCGGUCCAGGCAGGAUCAGCGCGACUUGUUGCGUGCGGAGAUGCAGCGGCUUGCCGAGGAGGUGAAGCAUGCGGAGGAGACCAUCGCUCGAAGCGGGCGUGAGCUUCAGGAGCUACAGGAGUGGCGCCAUAGGAUGCAGGUGCUCAUUGGCGAAUGCGAGGCCUCCAUCGCGGCGAAGAAGGCGGAGCGGGCCUCAAAGUCCUUGACCAGCCCAGCGGCCGACACCAAGCGUUUGCAGAGCCUGACAGAGCAGUGCAAGGAGCUGGAAGCAGAAGAAUCCAAGGCUCAGGAGACCUAUCGUCAACUCCGGGCCUCCCUGGAGGAGAGGGAGGCGAUGCUGGACUCGCUGCUGCGGCCCCGCCUCCAUGCCUUGGAGCUCGAGGCCGCCAGUGGAUCGCAAGACGUCGCCCUUGAGAAAGCUGAAGAGGCAGCCCAGUUGGAGGCUCGACUGGAGCGAGAACACCGGGAGGCCACAGAGGGCGCGGAGGCGACGGGCCAGGAGUUGCAGAAGGUGACUCAGUCCUGUGACCAAGGCCGUGCCGCGCUGGAGCAGUUGCUCGCGGAGGAGCAGCGGUGCACAGACCAGGCGGCGCAGGCCAGCGUGCGGGUGGAUCAGCUGGCCGCAGAGCACGCCACCCACGAGACCAAGAAGGCGGAGGUGGACGCCAAGCUCCGUGGGCUCGCGGCAGCACCUGCGGAGGUUGAGCAAUGCCGACAGCUCACCAAGCCACAGUUGGUACAAGAGCUCUCAGAGGCCAAUCGGGCACUGCAGGGCUUCCAGCAUGUGAACCGGAAAGCUGUGGAACAGUACGAGAACUUCUCCGAGCAAUUGGUGGACCUCCGCCGUCGCAAGGAGGAGAUCGACACCGGGGAGUCGGCCAUUGCAGAGGCCAUCCAGCAAAUCGACGAGCAGAAGGAGGAAGCGGUUCUUCAGACGCUGAGACGGGUCAAUGGGCAUUUCCAGCAGGUCUUUACUGAGAUGGUGCCGGGAGGCGUCGGCAAGCUUCGGGUGAUCCGGCGUAACGAUGACGUGGACAUGACGGGCACCCAGGAGGCUGCGCUGGGAGACAUCCUUGGCGUGCGCAUUGAGGUGUCCUUCACGGGCCAAGUUCAGUCCUUCCUGGCCAUGAACCAGCUGUCUGGGGGCCAGAAGACAGUGGUUGCCCUGAGCCUCAUCUUCGCCAUCCAGCGGUUGGAGCCUGCGCCCUUCUACCUCUUGGACGAGGUGGAUGCAGCCCUGGAUGCAUCCUACCGCAGCGCACUGGCCAAUCUGGUGGCCAAAACCGCGAGGACCUCCCAGAUGGUUCUCACGACUUUUCGUCCCGAGACCCUGGAGAAGGCUGACCAGUGCUACCGCGUCUACCAGCAAAACAGGGCGAGCCGCAUCGAUGCGGUGUCCCGGGACCAGGCGGCGGAGGUCUUGCGGGAGCAGGAUCGCAUGGCGGAGGUCGAAGGCCUUGCCCUGAUGUGAGGUGGACUUGUAAUUCAACCAAGCCUUUAGUCUUGCACUCUGCAUGGAAGGGUGUUUCCAAAAAUGGGGCCC